AUACAUCACGUGUUUCUCUGCAUUUUCAUAUUUACAAAAUCCAACAAUUGCUGGAAAUUUCCUCGUGCCGUAGAGACCCUGUUGACUGUCGGCGGAGAUCCAAAUUCACAUUGCGACAUCAAAAAGUAACACCAGAUUUCCGUCAAUUGACAGCUAAAAGCUACAACUCACCAAACAGUUCAGUAGUAGGUGUGGCUUACAUUAAAGCCCUUGGUGCCCCCACUCAUCUGACGACAUCAUUCUGUCACCCGACAGGAAAAUGUAAGCGGAGUGCUACAGGUUUUUAUGUCUGAAGACCAUUUUCUGUCGAAUAACGCGAAUUGGAAGCCCGUCAAGUUGCGGAGAGUCACUGAACGCAAACGUUAAUAGACAGCUACAAGAAUCUCAGGUUCCCGUCUUCAGAAAAGAGUAAAUUAUUUGUUCACACAUUUUUCUUCUUCUGACGCUGCUUUAAUUGAUUUCUCUGUGAAAGGCUACCAAAAAAGUCUCUUAUUUAAAAGUCCAUUGAGUUCUCGAAUCCCUUCAAUGUUUCUAAGGCUCAAAAAAAUCUGGCCAAAAAUCCUUAAAAAACCCCAUAAACCGGAUCCAUAAGCUAAAAAGUAUCGGUAAAAGCCUUCACAUAUCACAAUGCAGGUCCAGGAUCGAGCUGCUGCAAAGCCGUCGAAGCCCAGAAUUGCCUCUUACGCAGCGGACGCCCCGUCGGAGUCGAUUUACGAUGAAUAUCAUGACCAGAAGCCCCGCUUCUGGGACUGGUUUUCGAACAAUCUGCCCAAAAUAAUUAUCGUGGGGUUUAUAUUCAUAAGCGCCUUGAUACUCAUCAUUCUCCGCAAUGGCGGUGACACGGCUGCAUUGCUGUGCUUUGAAUCUGUCUCAAAAGAAAUGGAAACAAUUGCUUAUCCAGAGGUUCACUUCAAGGACAUUGAAGUUAUCAGAGACAGCAGCAAAUACAGCAUCAUUAAGGCAGAGAAAUGGAUUGUUGUUGCCGUUACGGGUACCCCGACGGAGGAAGUCCAUCAAUUGACCAAGAUCAGGGGCUGGCGGGUCGUGGCCGUGGGAGAUUCAGAGACGCCAUCCGACUGGGAUGUCAAGGGUGCAAUUUUUCUGUCUGUUGACCAGCAAUCUGCUCUGGGCUAUCGGAUCCUUAAUCAUGUUCCUUAUAAUUCUUAUGUAAGAAAGAGCGUAGGGUAUUUGUUUGCCAUUCAGCACGGGGCCAAGAAAAUAUAUGACGCAGAUGAGCACGGGUCGGUUAUCAACGGGAAUUUGAGUACCCAUUUCGACGUAGAGUUGAUUGGAGAAGAGGCCCGGAGGGAGCCCAUGUUGCAGUAUGUGAAUAAGCAUAGCCGAAAUGAUAGAAUUAUUGUAAACCCUUAUAUUCAUUUUGGUCAGAGAUCUGUCUGGCCUCGGGGUUUGCCUUUAGAGGAUGUCGGUGACGUUAAUCCUGAGGAUUACUAUGGCGAGGUUUACAGUGGAAAACAAUUUAUUCAGCAGGGAAUUGCCAAUGGGCUUCCCGAUGUAGAUUCGGUGUUUUAUUAUACUAGAAAGUCCGGAAUUGAGGCAUUUGAUAUCAGAUUUGAUUCACAUGCUCCACCAGUUUCCCUGCCUCAGGGGAUUAUGGCCCCUGUGAAUUCUUUUAAUACUUUAAUUCAUAGCCCUGCUUUUUGGGGUCUGAUGCUUCCUGUUUCUGUCAGCACUAUGGCCUCUGAUAUACUCAGGGGCUACUGGGCACAGAGGAUUUUGUGGGAGAUUGGUGGUUAUGUUGCCAUUUAUCCUCCCACUGCUCACAGAAUUGAUCGAACCCAGUCAUAUCCAUUUUCAGACGAGAAGGACCUCCAUGUUAAUGUAGGUCGUUUGAUUAAGUUUCUUAUAUCCUGGAGGUCUAACAAGCCAACCCUGUUUGAGAAGAUUUUGCAUUUGAGCCAUUCCAUGGCUGUGGAGGGGUUCUGGACUUCACAAGAUGUGACGUUCACUGCUUCUUGGCUUCAGGAUCUGCUGGCUGUUGGUUACCUUCAGCCGAGAUUGUUGUCAUUAGAGCUGGGCAGGCAAAGUGCUGUAGUGUUCCAUGGAGAUCAUAAGGAGUUUGUGCCUCUGAAGCUUCCAUCAGUGCAUCUUGGUGUAGAGGAAGCAGGUGCAGUGAAUUUUGAGAUUGGAAAUCUGAUUAGGUGGAGGAAGUUUUAUGGGAAUAUAGUGCUUAUAAUGCACUGCAGUGGAUCUGUGAAUCAUACUGUUCUAGGGUGGAGAAUGCUGUAUGGUCGCAUAUUCAAGAGUGUGGUUGUUGUAUCGGAGAAGAGUAAUCCAGAUCUUGGAGUUGAGUAUGCAGAGUGGUGGCAAGUUUACAAAAUCUUCCCUAAGAUAUUUGAAAGGUACUCAAAUGCAGAAGGCUUUAUGUUUCUCAAGGAGGACACGAUACUCAAUUACUGGAAUCUUGUUCAAGCUGACAAAAGCAAGCUCUGGAUUACUCACAAGGUUUCAGCAUCUUGGGCAAAAGUGAGUUUGGAUUCUAAUAGCUCAGAAUGGUAUUUCAAAGAUGGUGGCCGAGACACUGUGAAGAAGCUUUUGAGUGAUUUACCUGUACACCUCCAGAUUAAAUACAGAGAGAGCAUGGAUGAGAAAAGUUUUGUUGUUUGCAGUUCUGAAGUAUUUUAUGUUCCACAACGUUUUGUUGGAGACUUUGUGGAUCUUGUCUCUCUCGUGGGCGAUUCAAAUCUGCACCAUGAGGUUGCAGUGCCUAUAUUUUUUCUUGCAAUGGAUACACCUGAUAUGUUUGAUCCUAAUGCCCUAAGCAAUAGCAUUUACCAGAGAGGUGGAACUUCUGAUGCUUUGAGCUAUUAUUCAGCAGAAGUACAUGCUGUGCAUCCUUGGAAGGUGUCAAAUGAGUCAGAUUUUGUGCGGCUGUUAAAAGCAAUGUCUUCUGGUGAUCCUCUCCUUUUAGAGGUGCUUUGAAAUGAUACUGUAGGUGUGCUGCCAGGAAUUAUUGUUAGAAAACUUUGGCCCAACAAAAAAAUAAGACUCCGGUAACAAAUCCACAGGUUUUUUCAAUGAAAAGAGAAUCCUCUUAUUUUGGUGGCUCAACAGGAGCUAGAGUGCACUGUUUCCCUUGAUUUUUUAUUUUUCACGCUCAGCAUCUCAAAAGAGAUCACCUGUUGUAUAUUGGGCCCUUAGAUUCAGUAUGGGGCAUGUACUUCAUCUUGAAAAGGUCCAUGGAGUAUGGAGCUGUAUCGUCUAACAAGCUGGUUUGCUCCCCCAUAUGUAUCCACGAUCAUCUUCUGCCAAUUGGUCAUCCUUAAUGUAAUUGGCCCUUAAGGGUUGAUUUUUUAAUUUGUUUGUGAAUAUUAUUAUUUUUUUAUCAACAUUCGUCAUUGGCCUUACAUGAAAAGGCAAAAAUACUUGGAUAUUUUUUUGCG